UGUCAACACACACAUGUGCUACCCACGCUGUUUGGUAAGUUACAUUUACCACCGAUUUUUAAUUUACGGGCAUUUUAAGAUUCAGUUGUCAGCUUAUCAGAUCAGUGUGGAAUAGUCCUUUUUGUUUUUUGCAAGCAAGCUGACUACUGAGUUACAUCCAGACUGAAGAGAUACCUCGCAAAGGAAAAAAAACAAGGUCUUGGAGAGAUGCUGAAAACUGAGGAGUAUAAUCAACCAGUCUUAGUACCCCCCGGUCAUAUGGACGAUAGGAAUAGGUCAGAUGUACAUAUGAAAUCUUCUAAAACUGAAGAUAUGCACAAUUCCUCUGUUCAAGCAAUAAGUCAUCCUAUACCAGUUGGUUGUUCUCUUGGCUCCACUCUUGAACCAAUUCAACAAGGUCAAGAGUUGUCAGUUGGUUCACUGACUUCUUCACCGGUUCAUAUCAAUUCUCCUCUCCCGGUCAGCUCAAAUCAUAACAAUCCUACUGAACAAGGCUCAAAAUUCACUGUACAAACUUAUAAUUCUCCAAAUCAUCAUCAUCAACAAACUACAGCGACAGCACAAUUCAAAAUUGAAACAUGUUGUCCUUGUCGAAUGUUGAAUACUGAUGGACAAUCUUUACAACACCAACAGCAUCACCAGCAGCUACAGCAGCAACAACAACAGCGAUAUAAUAAUUCUCAUGAAACAACACAUACAUCGAGUAAAAUUCCGAUAACAAAUACAACUACAGGAACAAGAGUAAAAAUAGCCGAGUUUCAUAGUCAUUCAUUAAAUAUUCACGGUCAAUCGGAUAGUAAUAACAAUAAUACUAAUCAUAUUACAAUCAAUAAAGAUUCUAUUACAUCAAAAUCAAAUUGGGCUCGUGGUUUAUUCGAACGGCUGAGAGCUGCUUCGCUGACAACAUCAACUAUUGAUACAAAGCUAUUGCAUUCACCAUAUGCUACUGUUGGUCAUAAUGAUUCUACACAACGAUAUAAAGAAUAUUAUGCUUAUCCUCAUCUUCAUCCUCAUCAAAAUGCUGUACAUUUAACACCUGAUUAUAUUGAUCCAAAACGUUUACCUAAAGCUCAUGGUCCAUUAAGUAAUUGUUUGGAAUUCUCUAAAAAACCAUUACAAAAAUCAAAUAAUAAUAAUCACUUACAAUUACAUUCAAAUACUAAACCGAUUCCUGUCUCGUCAACACAUAUUGAUUUUACGAAUACAAUGAAUCUUUCAACCUCAUCGUCAUCCUCGUCGAAUACACGGAGGAGAAGAAUUCGAUGGUUUAGCCAUUCAACAUCUUGUGACCCUGGACCCGGAGAUCCGUUGUUAAGCUCCUCGAAUCAUCAUGCACAUUUGAGUUCAUCAGCUGCAGAAGAAAUUCAAGGCGCAGUGAAUAUUCUAGCCGGUCGUCAGGUUUUUCCAAGUGCUGGUUCAAGUUGUACUCGUCCAGGAAUUCGUGUGAAAAGUGCUUCUGAAUCUCAACAUCUACUUGUUAUAAGUAAAUCGCUGUCUAAUUCAAAAGAAGACUUUUCUCCUUGUGCAUUUGGACAAUUUGAUGAGAAUCGUGUCUAUACAACAUUGUUUCGUCAUAGUACAUGUUAUGAUGUUCUACCAGAUAGUGGAAAAUUGGUUAUCGUCGAUUCACGUCUACCCACUUUACGCGCAAUUUCCGCUCUUCUUGACAAUGGAGUGAUAGCUGCACCAGUUUGGUGUUCUGAAACACAAUCCUAUUUAGGUGUUUUUUCACAAGAAUUAGCUCUGGAUAUGUUAGGACAUCUGCACUAUUCAGAGGUGAAUACUAGUGAUGGGAUUGUUGACGGUCAGUCGUCAUCAUCUGCAACACCCAGUUCGCCUACCUCACCGACAUUGUCUUCAUUCAAUGCAAGUCUUUUUAGAUGGGGAUCAAAACAGUUGGGUGAUGUUCUAAAUUUAAUGUAUGGUCUGUCGGAUGGUCGACAACUUACAGAUUUAUUUGUUCAUCCACAAUAUUGUCUACAAAAAGCUCUGUAUCGUUUAUUCCAUCAUCCUGAACAACAUAAUGCAAAUAAGGCUAAUCAGUAUAAUAAUCGUCAGCAUCAAACCCUGUUGAAAUUCAAAUUAUCCAACGCGAGUGGUCAUCGUGCUUCAUAUCCGAAUAAUUCACCUAAAGCAUUUUUGGAAGAAACAGUCGGUGGUGGUGGUGGUGGUGGUGGUGGUGGUAGAUUUGCUCGCCAGUCAUCUACCUUUUUCCCGUCGAAUCAUUCAAAUCAUUCCUCAUCAGCAGUUAGUAUCUCUGAAGGUGGAAAUGAUUCUGCAUCGUCACCACCACCACUAGUGAAGCUGAAUUCACCUUUUCAUCAACAGUCGGCAGUGGCUGUGGCAGCGACGGCGGGGACUACUCCACCGACAAAUUCAACAGAUCGUAAUAAAGUGGAAGAUCCAUCAUCAUCAUCCAGUGAUAAUAUUCAAAGAGUAUCGUCAAAGUGUUGUGCUCAUUCGAAUCCAUCGUCUUUGUACACAUCUCUACUGUCCUACUUACUUGUUAUUGAUAAUCAUAGUGGAAAUGCACUUGGUUUAUUAGGAUCUGAUCGUCUACUGGCGUAUUUACGUCUACGUGUAGAUGAACUACCGAGUACAGGAAGAAUGAUUAUGCCUAUUGGUUCUGUUCAUGGACUUCGUUGGGCUGAACGUUAUCCAGGAAAAUCUGAAGUGUAUUCAUCGUAUCUAUCACCAUCCCCGAAUAAAGCCUCCACUAUACUGAAUAAUGAUCAUUUAACACAACUGAAAGAAGUUCCAGUUCUACAUCUCACCGAUCGUGUUUCUGAUGCUCUACAAGUGUUUAUGUGUUGGUUACCCCAGCUACCAUGUCUUCCAGUGAUACAUUUUGUUGAUAAUGAUCAACUACGACCUAUUGAUUUUAUCGGUUUAAUUUCACCUGGUGAUUUAUUGAAUUUUAUCAUGUGUUCUACACCAGAUACUGCAUUGGAUGAACCAAUCAGUAAAAUAAUGGAGAAAAAGUCACUGCACUGUGCAGCUCAACAAAACUGUGUUUGCUUCGUCACUGAAACACUGGCUAUUGUCUUGGAUCGUAUGUUUCGGCUUAAAGCGCCAUGUUUGAUAAUGUUCGAUACCCGGAAAAGCAGUGCAUCAUGUGCUAUAGCCACAAAACCGUUCGGUCAACCAGUUGGAAUGGUCACUGCUAAGGAUAUCUUGCAUUCAGUUAUUUUAGGUCAUCGACAUCGUCAUCACCACCAUCAUCACCGGCAGGAAAGCGGACAACAACAACACUCAUCUCAGCCUGAAAAUAUCAAUCAAAUCCCUUCAGGUGUUGAUGUCAGUAUACCACAUAACGUUAAUCAUAGUAGUAGAAGUAAUAAUAAUAUCUACAAAAGUAGUGGUUCUUUCGAGUCUGGUAUUCAUUCGUCAAGUUGUCAAGAUGGUCGAGAAUUUAUUCGUGGUGAUUUGUCAUCGAAUAAUCAUAAUAAUAAUAGUAAUGGUAAUACGGAGCGUGUUCAUUUUGUCGACAUUGAUGAAAACAAGAAACGCUCGCCAUCACCAUUAUCCGUAUGUUCACUUUCAUCGACUGGAACAUUUUCAGCCUCAAGUCCGGAGUCAGAUGUAGAACAGUCAUUGGCGAAUGAACACUUCAAAUCGGCGUGUAAUAAUAAUAAUAAUAUUAAUAAUAACGUUAGGAGCAGUGUUGACUGUAAUUGUUCAUGCCAUCGUUAUGACAACGGUAAUAAUAAUAAUAAAGAUCCUAUAAUUCAUCAACAACAACAACCGAUGACUUCAUUAUCAUCAUCAUCAGGUGGUCGUCAAAGUCAUCCGCUGAAAGAUCCUCGUGAUUCUACAAUUGGUUCAGGUUCUACAGGUUUAGUGGAUAAAAUAGCUAGUCGAUUUUUACCGCACAAUUUAAUACAUAAUUCAGGUUGGUCUUCAGAUCGACGGUCGUCUGAACCGUACACUACAACGACAAAGAAGGAUAAGAUGAAGAGAAAAAUGCAUAUACUUGAUAAUCAAAGAAGACCUAGUCCACAGAUUGCCAAACAAUCAACGACUACUGCUCAAUACCACCAUCAGCAACAACAGCAUCAUGUACAUUAUGCUGAAUCCAGCCAUUGUGUUUAUCCUGUUAGCAGUUUAGUUGCCAUUGAUGAGAUGAUGAUGGUUGGCAGUGGAGGAGUCACUUCGACCAGUGCUACUACUACUUGUACUACCAAUACUACUAAUAGUACUGUUAGUAGUAAUAUUUCAUCAACACAAGUGAAUACAACUGUACCGAAUGCUACUGAUCAUCAUAUGCUACCAGCUAGUAGUAGAGAAGAAGAUGAUGCCGUCUUUCCUAUGGAUUAGAGAAUGAAUUCACAAUAUA